ACACGAAUGUGAGUAGCGGUAUCAUACGCUAGUGAUCGGCUAGCCAUUGUCAGCCGCGAUCACUGAGAACGGCGCAGAUUCCUCGUCCAAGAUGGGCUUGUCCGACGAGGGAGAGGCCAAUGUGCAACAACGAUAUGAAGAACUAUGUUUGGACUUAAAUAUGGACAAAACUGCUGAGGGCGAGGCGUGGGAAUCGUACCAAAGGAUACAGCUAAAUUAUACUCUUGAAGGUGACCAGCUCCAUUGGUUGGCAUGUGCUUUAUACGAAGCAUGUCGUCGUACAGUGGUUCCCACUGUAGGCCGGGGGCAAGUAGAAGGCAACUGCGUAUCGCUGACAAGGUUGCUGCGAUCAGCAAAAUUCAGCUUGAUCCAGUUUUUUAACAAAAUGAAAAAAUGGUCGGAUAUGGCAAGUCUGCCCCAGGAGUUUAGGAAUAAAGUUGACCGGCUUGAGAGAAAUUUUGCAGUGUCAACGGUGAUAUUCAAGAAAUUCGAGCCCAUUUUCUUGGAUAUCUUUGAAGCACCGAGUGAAAUAUCACGACAACAGAGGAGCAGAAAACCGCGAAAAUCUAGUCAUAGCAAGUCCCGUGUAUCUUCAUCUGAACGGAACAGCCGCCUGCCCUGCACACCCGCAGAUGUUUUCAACUUCGCAUGGACAAUGUUUGUUCAAGUGAAAGGUAACUUUCCAGCCAUCAGUGACGACCUGGUCAACUCAUACCAUCUGCUGGUGUGUUGUGUCGACUGGAUCUAUGCCAACGCUCUUCUUGGAGGACGCAAAGAUUUGCUCAGCCCUGAAUUCUCAGGUUUACCGGACAACUACCACAGUCGAGACUGGAAGCCCCCAGUGGAGGCUCCGUGUAUCAUCCAGCUGCUGUGUGACAAGCACGAUGGCCUCGUGGUGGAGGCCAAGACCAUCAAGGAACACUGGUGGAAGCCCCACAUCAAGAAGCUGUACGAGAAGCGGAUUCUGAAAGGGAAAGUGGAAACAUUGUCGGCAAUUUUGGAGACUGGGAACUUCGAAGUCAAUAGCAAGUCGAUCAAUAAUGCCUAUGAAGAGUAUGUGCUGAGUGUCGGGGAUUUUGACGAGCGGAUCUUUCUCGGGGAGGAGGCAGAGGAGGAGAUUGGUACGCCGGGGAAACCUGGGACAGACUUUGCAGAACAGAUGGCCAAGAAGAAGUCAUUGAGGCAGCAUGUGGACCAGACACGAAGUUUGGCGCCGUCCACCCCACUGACUGGGAGAUAUUACCUGAAGGACAAGGACCCAAGUGUCACACCAGUUUCCACGGCAACACAGAGCGUUAGCCGCCUACAAGCUCUUCUGUCUGGGAGAAGGACCUCUCCCAGUGAUACUCUCCUGGAAGUAUUCGGAGAGUGCAACAAAGACCCGAAAGAUGACAUUGUUUCCAGAGUGCAGGAUAUGGGCGAGAUCUUCUGCACACAUUAUGUACAACCUUCCGAGGGUCAUCCUGGCGCCCACAUUGACUUCGCCCGACGUCGCCUUCAGUUGGGGGAGAGCCUCUACUUCAAGAUGUUGGAGAACAUUGUGCAGGGGGAAAAGAAACGGAUCGGCAAAGACCAGAAAACAAACCCAGCUACAUCUGUGCAAGGUUUACUGGAGCACCCCAUGUUCCACCGGUCGCUGCUGGCCUGCUGUCUGGAGAUUGUCAUCUUUUCCUACAACUCACAACGAACGUUUCCUUGGAUUGUUGAUGUGUUUGAGAUGAGCUCCUAUCACCUCUAUAAAGUCAUCGAGAUUUGCAUCCGGGCUGAGGAAGGACUUUCACGGGAUGUCGUCAAGCAUCUCAAUCAUAUCGAGGAGACAAUACUGGAGUCGCUGGCAUGGAAGCGAGACUCCCCUCUGUGGGACGCCAUCCAGGAGCACAGUGAGGACAUCCCGAUGUGUGAGGAGGUAACUCCUGCCAAUCAGAUUGACAACAACUCCAACAUAACGUCCUCCCCGCUCACACAUCCCAGAGUGAAGUCUCUUGUGGGAGAAGGUAGAAACACACAGAGAACAAUCAAAGUUGUGGAACCCCUCCAGUCCCCCCCAGGGCCAUCAGCUGUAGACCGCUUCUCGUCCCCCCAGCCUGGCAGCGUCAAGCGCCAGCUGUUCGGGCCAGCUGCCCAGCAGCUCUCCACACACGCAGCAACACACACGGAGUUGGUGAAGCAGCUCAACAGUGGCGUUACGGACACCGUGGUGACGCAGACCGACUCCAACACCCUCUCCACGGGGCAGACCCUCAUAGCCGUCACCAGCGAUGGGAGACAGGUGCUCAUCCCGGUACAGACCCUGGUGUCCACCAGUCCCAGCAAACAGAUCCCACCCUCCCCCAGCAAGUCCAACAAACCCAAGAAAACUGGCUCUCUGCCGCUGUUCUUUAGAAAGGUGUAUCAUUUAGUGAGCGUGCGAUUACGUGACCUGUGUGACAGGUUAGAAGUCACAGACGACGACCUGCGACGCAAGAUGUGGACGUGUUUUGAACAUGUCUUUGUACAUAACCUGGACCUUAUGAAGGAUCGUCAUAUUGACCAACUGCUUAUGUGUGCUAUCUACGUUAUGGCGAAAGUGUGCCAAAAACCGCUAACAUUCCAGCAAAUCAUGAAGUGCUACCGAGUUCAACCACAGGCUCAAAGUCAUGUGUAUCGCAGUGUGCUGCUGAUCGGGCGUCAUCGCAAUGCGUCUGGGAGCAGCGAGAGCAGCAAGAGUGGUGCAAGCGGCUCGUCCUCCCCGGUCAACAAGGAGGACGAAAAGGACCGAGACAAAAAGAAAACUGAAAUGCUUGGAUUCAUUCGCUCUGACAGUACUCUUCCUGUCCCCCACCCCAACAGUCAGCCCCCCACCCCCACCAAGCUACUCGGGGGUGAGGCAACCUUUGACUUUGAGAGAGGGGACCUGAUACAGUUCUACAAUGCUGUGUUUGUGAAGAGAAUAAAGAGUUUUGCACUGAAAUUUUCAUCAGCAAACGCAACGUCUGAUGUACCUCCCUUGUCCCCGCUGCCAUUGGUACGAAGCCAGCAAGCAUCUCCACGCCGCGUGUCCAGCAAAUACUCCGUGUAUAUCUCCCCUCAUGCAGGCAGCAUGUCCCACCAAACUCAGCCUAAAGGCAUCUCAUUCUGCAUAAACAGGAGCCCAGCAAAGGACCUGCGUGCAAUCAAUAACAUGGUCCGCAUGGGGGAGCGAAAGUUGACGGGGAAGAGGAUCCUUGAGGUGGAUCACGAUGAUGACGUUGAUGACAGCCCAUCAAAGAAAAUGUGUUCCAGUCGGCUAAUGCGCCGAUUACAGGAUGUAAAUUCAGAGCGACAGGAGGCAAAUGGAAUCGUCAACUAGGACCAAGUCUGAGCCAGCACACGAUAUUUUCAAGCUCCUUAUGACAAUUUGUUGAUAUAGAUUUAUUACCUUUGUUAAGACCUGACCACAUAUCAGGUCAGUUAUGCUCUUUCUUUGGAGCUUCGUCAGGAUUGAGAAAUCCUGUUGACUGCACCAGGAACGAUUCAGGGAUGAAUUGGAUCUCAGAUAUGAUCAUAGAUGAAAUAGCAUCUGUUGGUUCUGACCAAGUUGUCUUUCUCCUUUGUCUGAUGAGGGAAUGACUGUCCUGGCAGUAGGACCUGUGCUUCUCUACAGCAGGGGACUGAUUGUUUGAAUGCAUUGAGUUCAGAUGCAGUGCUUGAUACUCAUCAUUGGAAUGGUGUAGGAUAUUUAAUAUGGGAGAAUUGGUCAAAUAAUUUAUCACAACUCUUGGUCAAUUGCAAACUUUGAAAAUUUGCAAACAUUCAACGCUAAAGACUUCACUCGAACUCCAUGCACAACAUAAUUAAUAUUUUUGUAAUUUGACAGCUAUUACAUUUGUCAUCCAAAAGGAUUAUUUUUAUGCAUUUUAGAAAGUUGGAGUCUGUUUAUAACACCCCAUAUUUUAAUAUCGUUUAUAUGACUGUCACCAAUCAAGCUCUGUGCAUUUCAAACUGAAAUCAUGCUGAUCAUGAUCACCCAAGAUGUGGUAUGAGUGCUUGGCUGUGCUUACAGAAGACUGAUGGCUGAUCUUUGGUGCGAAGGUCAUUACCUCUGGUUUUGGCGAUUGUUGAGUGACUGCUGUAUCGGACUUAUCGUGUUGUGAGUGCAUGUGCAGCCUAAUGAAGGCAACUGUUGUCUUUACACGAACAAUUUUCACAGUACGACCGACAGCUAAUCUUGGCAGUUUUGCGUGAAUGCAAGACUCCGGUCAUGAUGAGGAUCAUGGUCAGAUGAAACUGAUAAUCAUCAUUAUUUAUUUUUCAGACCUUUACAGAAGGUUCUUCUAAAGAUUAAAUCUUUGCCGUAAUUAUUAACACUACUCUCUAUUAUGUGAUAAAAUAAUGUGAUUUCCUCUCUUAUUGUCCAUAAGAGUCAAAUGCUCUCAUUCUCUGUUUCAUCACCAGGUAUUUUCAGGUUUUACAUGAAAAUGAGAAAGUUUUCAGUCUUGAGAGAGUUGUCAACAAGGGAGAGUUACCUCCCUUGUCAGUGUGAUAUGAUGGGAGUGACCUCCCUUGUAUGUGGGAGUACUAUUAUAUGCAAAUCAAGACUGGAUCAAGUGAUAUAUCCUUGAAAAUAAGUGUCUUCAAGUUGGUUGAUGAAACAUAGAAUCAAGGCCAUAUAUAAUACUGUAUUUUGCUGUAAACAAAAUAGAAUUGUUUCCAGUGAAAACUGUCCAUUAUGUCUUAUUGCUAAAAAUAAUUCUGAUAUUUCUCUUGCAUGUAAAUUAUAUAUAUUUGUAGUAUGGUAUCUGAGGUUGGAUAUUUCCAGGGUAUGAAUUGACUUCCUUUAUGUUUAAUCCUGAAAACUGUCCCUUUAUGCCUGAUGUACAGUUAAUAGGGCAUCAACUUCUUGUCUCACAAAGCAGUCUUAAGCCUAGAGCGAUAGUUAUGGAGUCUACAAGGUUUGUCGUUUGCCUCUUGACAAAUUCAUAAAACUUGAGAUAAAACAUCACCAACUUUAGCUAUUAAACUGAUUUGUUAGAAAAGUAUUUUGGAAAUAUCUACUGGGGGAAAAUUGUGCAUUUGUGCCAAUAGAGUGCCACUCACUGAAUCUGCAUCAUAUUCUCAUUGACAUUUGGUGUUCCAUGCUGUCAUUGGCAUACAACCACUGAUUAAGAUGGGAGUUUUGUUCACACCUUAAAGUGACGGAAGGCAGUCACAUUUGAUUGUGUUGUAACUACAUGCUGCACAUACAUAUGCAGUAACAAGUCUAGAAGCCAGCUGUGAACUUUUGUAAUCCUGGAUCUCCGAGUUUCAAGACUGCUUUAAGACCAACUCCAUUCACCUUCUGUUAGAGAUACUGGAGUGAAUGCGUGAAUGACAUUGUUUUUUUAAUGGGGAGUAUUUUAUACCUUACUGUUUUAGCCGAAGUAGCAUUUUGAUACCCUUUAAAGUUUGUAGUCUUUUUAGCAGGAGAGCGGGAUUCUCUGCUAUUUCGAUACUUUUAAAGAAAAUAUGCAUGUAUCUGUUGCCAUUUGAAUUUCCUUGAUAAGUGCUAUCCUAAUAGUCUAUGAAAAGCCCUUCUUGUACAGCGAGUUGAUAGAUAUGGUCACAGGAGACUUUGGUCCGAGUGGACAGAGAUCUCACACACUUGGACCAGGUUUUGUUGUUUGCAAGAUCAUAAUCCUUUCUUAAAAUGUUUCAGGAAUUAAUGAAGAUCAUUUCACUCACAUUGUCACUUCAAUUAUAUAGCAUUGAUAGGGGUCAUUAUCACUGACAUUUUGAUAUUGAAGUUCUUUUCUUUUUUUUCACUUAUGUCAUUGAGGAUAAAUGGGGUAUUGUUUACGAUUCAGCUGUACUUGUAAUGGUGUGUAUUAGUAUUGAUCUGAUGAUAAAUAGACUUAUAAAUGAUAACAAUAACAAUAAUAUUAAUAAUAAUUAAGUCAAUUUAUAAUACACCUAGUAUCCAAUUACCAAGUGGUUGCACACGGUGCUCAAUCGUGUUGAUCAUUGAGUGAUGUAGGGUCUUAAUAAAAAGAUUGAAGAGAAUCUUUGUGAGCUAAGGAUGAUUCUUUCUCUGAAUUUUGAUAGAACCUUUAUCAGGAGAUUAAAACUUAUGAAAUAUUUGGUACAAUUAUCAAUAGUGGUUACUAAUUGUUUGUUACACGUAGAACUUAAAGAAAGAUUACUCAUGACUGAGACAGAAACACAAGGUCCUUUAGUUUCAUUGAGGGGAAUUGGAUUUUGGCACAGGGGGAAGUAACUCGCCCAGAUGUGUUAUCUCCCUUUGUGAAGCUGUGGCUCAAACUCUAUCCCAGUGCUUGAGACCUUCGUGCCACCAGUGUGUAACAGCCAUUACAAGAAGUUUGUAAAUUGUCCCUCCAACCACAAAUGCAGUGAAAUUUAUAGUUUUGGGGAAUGCCAUUCUAGUGAAUUAGGAGAUGGUUUACGACUGACUUAUUAUUUCCCAGAUGAUUUGACUUGUGUGAUUUAAAUCAGACUGGUUCGAGAUUGCAGAAUUAACGGAAAAUUACUUAACUUUGACCCUUACAUUCUCACUCGACUACUUAAUGAGAGUUGGAAUGAAAUAGAAAUUAAAACUGACAAACAAACUUUUUUAGCUUGACGAAUAGUAUUCGGCAUCAAUAAUAUUCAUCACAUGUUUGCAAGCAUGACGGUCAGGCAGUUGUGAUUUAAACUCCAUACAUGGUUGUGAGCACAGUGGGGAGCUAUGACUGGUGGCAGCGAUAGUAUAGAGAGCUGUGAAGAGCUUGAGCUAUGGCUAUUAGGCUGUCAUGGAAUGGGUAAUCUUCACGAAAUUGGUUUGACUGGAGUUGUUUCUUUAUUACCCUCCCAGGAUUUGGGGGGAUCAAAAGAAAUCAGUUUGAGGAUAACAAGAUCAUUAUAAAUGUGUAAAGUAAAUUAGAAUCAUUGAGAUAAACAAGUACCAAGUUUUUAGGUAAUUAGAAGUGACGAGUCAAGUAAAAUCACAUUUCUCAAAGUUCAGUCUUUCCUUUCUUUAACGUGAAUGAACAAAUUUAUUCUGUACUUCCAUAAUGCACUCAUUUAUCAAUCAUUAGGUCUCACAUUUAUGGACUAAAUGUUGUCAGGGUUACUUACAAACAUGACCAGUUAGAUAUUACACGGGCCAUGCAUAACUCGAUCUAAGUAUGUAUUAUGACUGUAUCAUUCAGAUAUGGAUGUUUAUCAGAUAUAAGUUGUUUCUUCAAUUGUCUGCUGAUCUCACAGAAAUUCUCUUGUCAA